AUGCCAGCAGCUCUCAUCUCCUUUAGAGCUGAAAGCGACCAACAGUCCGGGAUUAAUAUUCCCAGCCCGACCAGUCCUUACCCUGAGUUAAACAGUGCCAUCGAAAGAACUAUGCAAUCGCAAAAAGACGAGCUCAUUCAGAUCUUUCAAGACAGGAUAUCUUACAUUGACCUAAUUAUACACAGCAAAUUUGCUGAACACCAAAAAAAAUUGUUUGAUCUACUUGCCUCUAUAAAGAUAGAGCUUAUAAGUAUUACGAGAGUUGUCGAAACCCAGAUACAAGCAUUAAAUAAGCUCCAAAUACAUUUCGGUGAUAACAAUAACUCUCAAACUCAGCAGCGUGUAGAAGAGCGGAAAAAAUUCAAGAAGUGUUUUGAGGACUUUUUGGUAGAAAUAAAGAACUCUCAAAAUAUUACAGUGGAGCUCGCAAAGAUUGAGACGAUGCGCCAACAGCAAACCGCAGCAGAGACUUCUAUACGGAUGACAGAGGAGAGAAUUUCUCAGGAAGCCGCGGCUGCAGAGAGAUUUCGAGCGAGGCAAGAAGAGAUGCACGAGAGAAACAUGGAAUAUACUAUACGGGCACAGGAGUUCCGUGAAGAGACCACACUGGUAUUCACGAUUGUCACGACAAUCUUUCUACCACUAAACUUUUUCACAUCGUACUACGGAAUGAACACAGCUGACAUACGUUCGACCGCAUCGACUCAGGACGACUUCUGGACCGUUUGCGGGCCUAUUUCAGUCGUUGUUGCCGUGAUAGCGCUUGCAAUCGGAUGCCGCAAGCAAAUAGCCCGUUCUGCGCCCUCCCGGUGGAUAAAGGCCAGGACCCCCCGAGUACUAGUGCGAACCCCCGCAAUUGAUAGGGUAAUAUAUGCAGCGUUCUCCGGCCUCUACUCCCUGGUUUUACUCAAUUGA